UCUUCUCUCCUCUCAACCUCAUCCACCAAAAUUCCUAUCGCGAGUGGAAUCGAGAAGUGAGUCGAAGAGGAGAUCCUCCUCCCCUUUCAAUAUUUCACUUCGCUCGAACAUUACACCCGCGAUCUUCGAGCAAAGAAAACUUGUGAAACGAAACUGGAUAUACUUGCCGGUGAGGUGAACGAACCAUACCCACGCAUAUACGUAGCAACAGUUUCCAGAAUGUUUCCGAUCGAGUGAGGAGUGAAAACGCCGAGGGAAGCGAUCCGUCCAUGGAUCAAACGGUGAUCGUCCCGUCGACCCCUCGGGGGGGGCCGAGCUCCAUGGACAACGGUUCUAGGCUCGCUAUGAAGAACGAGACGGACUCGAGCGUGCACAUGCAUCAUCCGCAGGAUCACCAGUCCUCCGUAACCCAUUCCAACUCCUCCGCUCCCCCCACUGUGGUCCCUCGACCAAGCAAUUUGACCGUUUCCAACGGUCCUCUGUCCCAGGACCAGGCCAUAGACGCGUUGAUGUGCGGCCAAUCGACGGCCGAGCUUCCAAGAAAGCCGGGCGCUCGCCGCCAGGAGAAACCCCCAUACUCGUACAUAGCUCUGAUAGUGAUGGCGAUCCAAUCGAGCCGGGAAAAGAGGCUGACCCUGUCCGAGAUCUACUCCUUCCUCCAGCAACACUUCCCCUUCUUCCGGGGCGCCUAUCAGGGAUGGAAGAACUCGGUCCGCCACAACCUGAGCUUGAACGAGUGCUUCAUCAAGCUGCCCAAGGGUUUGGGGAGACCCGGCAAGGGCCACUACUGGACCAUCGACCCGUCCACGGAGUACAUGUUCGAGGAGGGAAGCUUUCGCCGCCGGCCCCGGGGCUUCCGUCGCAAGUGCCAGGCGUUGAAGCCCCAAUACCCCCAGUACUUCUCGGCUGGGGGGGGGCCGGUGAGCGUGCAGGCGGCGGCCGGCUACGAGAACCUGGCGCCCGCCGCCGUGGAGUACGCGAACGGUUAUCAGAACCACCAGUAUCAGAAUUAUCAGGAGUACGCCGCGAUGUACGCGGCGCCCGGUGGCGCGGUUUCCUCCGACUGGCCGUAUCCCGAGACGACGGCGUACAAAACGGCGCCUCCGCCGCCGCCAAUAGCCGAGGUCACGUACAAGACGACGGAGGUCACGUACAAGACGGACGAGUCGUCCGUGUACAGGAACGGGGAGAUAGUGGCGUUCAAGAGCGAGCCUGGAUACGUGGCGGCCAGGAGCCAGGAACAGUUGACCUACAGGACGGCGGACGGUUUCGCGGUGAAGGAUCACGCGGCGGAGCCCCAGGUCUACAAGGAGAACGAGGCUAUGAUGGCGUCCUCGUACAAUCGAGCGUCCAAUCCCGCCCAGCCCGGCCAAGAUUAUUACGUGGGCUACGGCCUCGCAGUCAGCAAUGCGAACAACGUGGGGAUGCAGGGUAUUCAGGAGCAGACCGGGAACAGUAGUCCCGUGGGGAACGUGAAUUCGCCGCACAGCGGAUGCCAGACACCUGUCACGGAUAAUGGUAUAAAGAUGCAAUGCUCGAACUCGAAUUCGAACAGUUCUGGAGGCGGUUUGAUCGAUCGUAAGCCAUCCUACUUUGGCCAUCCAGCCGGAUCCGUUACACUGAGCUCGUUGAGCUCCCUCAGCUCUCUUAAUUUGAGCAACAUAGGUGGAUUGGGCAGCGGAUUGAGCAUAUCUAAUAUACCUGGCGCUGCAGUCUCGUCCAAUAUUCAUCACGCGACCACCACGCCUCCUACGACGAUGUACUACGAUCCGAUCAAAUACAGCAUGUCGAACGUGUGACGGAGAUCCGGGAGGCAGAGAGAGAACGUCAAGAUUGUUCAAGAUUGACAUCGAACUUUUCAACUUUUUGUGAAAUUUGUUUUUUUAUCCGUGCGAAUGUUAUGAAAAAGUUACGAAGGAUACAAGGAUUUUGUCUAUGUUGUUCGUUUCGAAGAAUCGUUUCGUCAAAGUGUAUAAUAUUUCAGAUUUUUAUUUAUAUUUAUAGUUCUUAAUGACGAAUAAAUGUUACUAAUUUAAGUCAA